UAAAAAUUACUACAAUGGCUGAGCCGUCUUCUUCGUCUUCAUCUAUGAAGAAGAUUACGUUGAGGAGUUCGGACGGCGAGACUUUCGAGGUAGAGGAGGCGAUCGCCGCUCAAUAGCAGACGAUCAAGCACAUGAUUGAGGACGAUUGCGCCGACAGCGGCAUUCCUCUGCCAAACGUGAGUGGCAAGAUUCUGGCGAUGGUCAUCGAGUACUGCAACAAGCACAAGGACGACGACGUGGAUGCUAAUUCCUAUAAUGAUCAGGAUCAGGAUCUGAAGACCUGGUACACCAACUUCGCCAAGGUGGACCAGGCCACGCUCUUCGACCUCCUUCUGGCAGCGAACUACUUGAACAUCAAGAGCCUGCUGGACCUCACGUGCCAAACUGUUGCAGAUAUGAUCAAGGGAAAGACCCCUGAAGAGAUUCGUGAGAUUUUUCACAUCAAGAAUGACUUUACCCCCGAGGAAGAGGAGGCCAUUCGCAAGGAGAACCAAUGGGCUUUCGAAUAAUCAACAUACAACU